AUGCGCUUGUCACUCCACGGCAACGCGCUGAACUCCCUCGGCGGCGCUCAGCUCUUCGAGGGGCUGGCGACCAAUGCACGCCAAGAUGGCCAGCUCUCAGAUUUGGACGUCGCCUGGAACCACUUGGAUGCUUCUCCCAGCGUGUCUGCUCCGUCCGCGGCCGCCGCGCUGGCGCUGGCAGAGGUGUUGCGCAUUUCAGUGACGGGGACAACAAGGGACCUGGGCAGGACGGAGGCGACAGGUCCAGCGGCGAGGAACGAGUUCGUUGGUGAGACGAAGAACGGUUGGCGCAAGUCCACGAGUGUCACGCUUUAUCAUUUGGAUCUGAGUUACAAUAACUUGGGCCCGACCAGCUGUGAGAUCAUCGCAGAGGGCUUGAGGGACAACCAUUUCCUCUAUGGCUUGCACAUGGUGGGCAACGCUGCACCUCGAUAG